ACGAGUAGCAUUACCCAUUAAUGACAUUGAAUCUUGGAAUUAGAACGCUUAGAGGUGGUUGUCUCUAAAGUUCUGGUUUGGUUGUCUAUGGUUAUUUACAUACGCCAGAUCCUUUUAUAAGAUAGUUAGUUAUUGCUAUGUUCUAGCAUUGAUAUUUAUUGGAAUCCAAAUGGGUUUCUCUGGCGGUACUUCUGAGAUCAUUGAAUCUGGGGAGGAGUUCAACUUUUGGAAUCAUCCUAAUAGGCCAAAGCUACCGCGAAUUAAGCUAAGAGAAGGAGAAAAUAAUUCUCAUGCUUUACAUUCUCAGGAUGACCUUAAUCAGGUCAUUGAAUCAAUUGAUCUUCGAUUAUCACCCAAGCUGCUGAGCUUUUCACGUCAGGUUCUCGGAGAAAUACGGAACAGGGAAAUAUCUAGGGAAGCUAUUCGAGUUAGUGCAUCACAAGCAUCAGGAAUAGCAAUUUCUGAAUCUGUAACAAUGAAACAAGCUUUAAGAAGAUUAUGCAUUACGCAGGCAUCAGAACAGGCUGCAAUGAAGAGGUGGUCAAAACCAAUCAGCUUAUCUGGUGUCUCCGAUGCUUCCACAAUUAAAAAGUUGUAUACAUCAAUGGUUGCGGAGGAGAAUGAAUGUGGUCUUUCUGUUGGUGAACGGAAAAGGAAUUUAUCUGAUGUAUCUAUUGCUCCUAGAAGUACUUUUCUAAAUUUGUCUCAUGAAGGAACUCAGGUUUGCGGUACAUGUCAUGUAGAGAUUUCUCGUAUGGAAUCUAUUUCUUCUCCAAGUAAAGCUGCUUUAAACGAAAAUUUAACUAAAAAAAGAAUCCGGCAUGUCAUAGCUUCUCUCUCAAAAGCGGUUUCUGCUCCACAUAGUGCUGCAUCAACACCAAAAAACUGGGGUCGCUCGUCUGGGACAUCAGAUACAGAUAUAGCAAGAAAAGCAUACAACAAAGCUUGCUUGUCUGAUCUUGAUGAAGGAAGUGCGCUGAAUGUGCCUAGCAUCAUAAGUCCUCAAAUAACCAAAACAACAGUCGGAAACAAUUUUCUCUCUAAGAAGGGUAUGCAGGAAACAGUGCAGCCAUCUGCAAAUUCUAAUAGGUGUGUGAAGCCUAUUUCUGCAUCAUCAGGUACUGUGAAGCAGGCUGUUACAGUUGGAGCCAGAAACCAGGACAAUGUAGCCUGUGAGAAUCAUUGCAGUCCAACUAGUUUUAGCUUCAAAAGUGCCACUGCUGCUAAACUGACCAAAUACUCAAGGUCAAAAGAGAAGGGAAAUUGGUCACAAUGCUCAAUAAGUAGCCUUGGUGAAAACAGCAGCAGUACAAGUAAUAGUGAUGAGAGCAACAAUAGUGGCUCUAGUGUGGCUCGUCCUCACAUGUCUAAGGAUGUAAGAUGGACAGCUAUACACCAUGUUUUGAAUCAACAUGGAGGCUUGGAUAUAAGGAACUUCAAACUAAUAAAAAAGCUUGGAUGUGGAGACAUUGGAACUGUCUAUCUUGCUGAGCUAAUUGAAUCCGGAUGCUUUUUUGCCCUUAAAGUGAUGGAUACUGAAUCCUUGAUCGGUAGAAAGAAGAUCUUGCGUGCACAAACUGAAAGAGAUAUUCUACAAAUGCUUGAUCAUCCAUUUCUUCCAACAUUAUUUUCAAAUUUUACAACAGACAACCUCUUAUGUUUAGUUAUGGAGUAUUGUCCCGGUGGUGACCUGCAUGUCCUUCGACAAAGACAACAUGAUAGGAGGUUCUCAGAACCAGAAGCUAG